GAGGGUAAAAUAUGCAAAACUAAUGUUGUCACGUAGGUAUUAUCAGGAUUUAAUCACCUGUUUGAAUUCAGGACGAAUGAACAACAUACCUCUCUGCAUGGUGUGUUGCUCGAGUGAUACAAUAGAUGUAGGGGGGAGAGAUCGGAGUGUAAAAUCGAGAGAUACAGCUCUCAUAAACAACAGACCACACAUUCAUUUAAAAAUAACAUGGAAGUCAUUCCGGUGAUGAAGGAUAUCAAAGUUUAGGAUCUGUAAACCAACUUAUACGAUGGAAAGUUCCUGUAGYUCAAGUGACCAAGAUUUCUCAGAGGAUUAUGAAGAUGAGUGCGAGCUCUUUGAACGAGAAAGUGAYGAGUUUAUCCAAGAUUUUGUCCAUAAAAUAUUCAUAUCAAGUGAAGAAAUAUCUCAAGAAUUAAAAGCAAAAUUUGGAGUUGUUUGUCAACAUUCCUGUGGUCGACUUUCAUUUGCUAAGCACAUUGAUGCCCAGCGAGUGUAUUGCAAGAGUGUUGAUGAGAUAACGUUUUACAGACUAAUACAGUUCUUCGCCGUAGUAUUAUUUGAGUGUCAUCAAGCAGAUGACUACGUCCCAGCCAAAAACUUGAUGAAUAUGUGUUUCACGUUUUACCAUGAGUUCAACCUCGGAGAUGAGGUAGAUACGCCUCAAAGGGAAUUCCUCUCGGCCUACCUUAGAAGUCAGCCCAUAUGGCAAUCGAUGCGUUACUGGAAUGCAGCAUUCUUUGAUGCCCUUCACUGCGAAAAACAAGUUCCAGUCAUAUCAAGUCAAGAAUGGGACAGUUGGUCGUCACAAGAACAGCUAGAUUACCAAGAGUGUGACAAAAAUAGCCUUUUUGGAAAACUAGGGACAUUUGUCAGUAAUAUGAAAGCAUUUGGGCUUGAUAGAGAUAUGUGCUUACAAUUCAUGCACAAGAUGAGCACAAUAGGCGAGCUAGAUAAAGAACAUAUUCGACUUCUGGAGAAAAGCCUCGAAGAUGAGAUGGAAUGCUUACCAAUAAGGAGUUUCUCACGGGCUAGCCUAUCCAGUCCCCCUACAACCCCAUAACCACAGAAAGCCCGAUCAUGAUGGGUUUGGUGGUAUUUAGAAUGAAAAUUAUUAUUUAUUUUUGCAACCUCACUGGGUCAGGGGUGGGUUAGUCUCCCCCACAGCCGCUUUCAGUGUCUUCACGCAACGCUAUCUCCCCUGAGUAGCGUGACGACACUGAAAGCGCCUGUGGGGGAGACUAGGGGUGGGUAGUGACAACYUGGGUUGGCUUAAUUAAUGUAUAUAAAUAACUUAAUUGAAAAAUUCCAUAAUUGAUUAAUAUUGACCACGAGAGAAAAUCUUAGAUAAAGCUGUAAGGCGAAAAUGAAAUCAGAGGAAAAAACAUUAUUCGCUUCUUCCACCUGUUUAUAUAUAUAGUUAUUUAAAAAAGGCUGGUACGUAGAGGCACAGGCAGCCCAAACAAUGUUCAUGUGCAAGUUUYAUAAGAGACUGUAUGAGACUUAUAAAAUAAAGCAUUUCUUUCAAUGAAUUGCAAUAAAACAUCCUUUAUAAAACAUCCUGGCAACGUUUUAGUGCUAUCUGAGGCUUAAUUGUUGUUGUGGUUGUUUUUCGUUUGUUGACAAUAAAAUAGUUUUUAUUAGGUUCCCCGAGGAGAACUUCCGAUACCUAUUUACAUUGUUGAAAACAUUUAAAACGUUACAGCGCAUGUAGUAAAACCAUGAAAUGAAAAAAAAGUUGAUACUGACAAAUACAGUCGACUCUCCCGUAAGCGACCACCUCGGGGCCAGGAGAAAGUGGUCGCUUACGGGAGAUGGUCGCUUACGAGAGCUAACACAGGAAGCCCAAACAAUGGGAAUCCCAACACAGGAAGCCCAAACCCUUUAUAAUUUUGUAACUCACGUGUAAAAACUACUGUAUUAACGAUUAAACUGUUUUAAUCAAAA